AUGCUGUCAGGCAUUCUCAUCUUCAACCAGAAGGGUGAAAAUCUCAUUUUUCGGGCGUUCCGCAACGACUGCCGGCCGCGGCUAGCCGACGUGUUCCGCAUCCAAGUGAUUUCGAAUCCGCAGGUGCGAUCGCCAAUCCUAACGCUGGGCAGCACGACAUUCAGCCAUGUGAAGCACGAGAACAUCUACCUGGUGGCGAUCACGAAGAGCAACGCGAAUGCGGCGCUCGUGUUUGAGUUUCUCUACCGGCUGAUCCAGCUGGGUCGUGGGUACUUUGGCAAGUUUGACGAGGAGGCGGUCAAAAACAACUUUGUGCUUGUGUAUGAGCUCUUGGACGAGAUUAUCGAUUUCGGAUACCCGCAGAACACGGAGACGGACACGCUCAAGAUGUACAUCACGACGGAGGGCGUCAAGUCGGAGCACCGGGCGGAAGACUCGGCCAAGAUUACGAUGCAGGCGACGGGAGCGCUGUCGUGGCGCAAGGCGGACGUCAAGUACCGCAAGAACGAGGCGUUUGUGGACGUGAUCGAGGACGUGAACCUGCUCAUGUCAGCGACGGGAGCGGUGCUACGGGCGGAUGUGACAGGGCAGAUCGUCAUGCGAGCCUACCUUUCGGGGACGCCGGAGUGCAAGUUUGGGCUCAACGACCGGCUGCUGCUGGACUCGGACACGGUGCAGGGGCUGCCAUCGGGCAACCGGCAGGGCAGCAAGGCGACCAAGGCAGCGGCGGGCAGCGUCACGCUGGAGGACUGCCAAUUUCACCAGUGCGUCAAGCUGGGCAAGUUUGACUCGGACCGCAUCAUCUCGUUUAUCCCUCCGGACGGCGAGUUUGAGCUGAUGCGCUACCGGUCGACGGAGAACGUGAACUUGCCGUUUAAGGUGCACGCCAUCGUCAACGAGGUGGGCAAGACCAAGGUCGAGUAUAGCAUCGGCGUGCGGGCCAACUUUGGGCCCAAGCUGUUUGCCACCAACGUAGUCGUGCGCAUCCCGACGCCGCUCAACACGGCACGCAUCACCGAGCGCUGCACGCAGGGCAAGGCCAAGUACGAGCCGUCGGAGAACAACAUUGUGUGGAAGAUUAGCCGCUUCACCGGCCAGUCCGAGUUUGUGCUGUCAGCCGAGGCCGAGCUGACCAGCAUGACGAACCAGAAGAGCUGGAGCCGGCCGCCGCUCAGCCUGGACUUUAGCCUGCUCAUGUUCACGAGCAGCGGCCUGCUGGUGCGCUACCUCAAGGUCUUUGAGAAGAGCAACUACAGCAGCGUCAAGUGGGUUCGCUACAUGACUCGUGCGGGAAGCUACGAGAUACGAUUUUGA